AUGGAGGAAGGUGAAGGAUCCGCAGGGGCUGAAUUAAAGCGCUUAUGGUCAUCUACUAAUGCUGAGGAUUGUACGAUGCAGGAGGAAGCUGAUCACGAUUCGUACCACAAGCGUGCCAAAGUUGAGGGCCGGUCUGCUUCCAUGGAGAAAACUGUUGCAUCUUCUUCUUCUUCUUCUCGGACAGAUACUGAUAUGUUCUGCCAGAAUUUCAUCUUGAACUAUGGUCGGAAAAAUGGGAGAAAAGAUCUUGAGUUUCAUAUUGAUUUGACUGAUGACCUCUUACAUUUGGUGUUCUCGUCAUUGAAUCACGUCGACCUCUGUCUCUCUGCUAUGGUAUGUCGUCAAUGGAGAGCAGCUAGUGCUCAUGAGGAUUUUUGGAAGGUCUUGAACUUUGAAAAUAUGAAGAUUUCUAUCGAGCCAUUUGAAAACGUGUGUCAUCGCUAUCCUAAUGCCACUGAAGUGAAUGUUUUUGGCGUUCCUGAUGUUAACGCGCUCGCUCUGAAAGCAGCUACCACUUUAAGGAAUCUGGAGGUCUUAACUAUAGGAAAAGGUCAAAUCACUGAAAAAGUUUUCCAAGUAUUGAGGAAGUGUAAUAGUCUAAGAAACGUGACCAUAAAUGAGGCUCUUCUGGGAAGUGGUGCUCAAAAAAUACACCUGAGUCAUAAUAGGCUACAUGAACUUAAAUUUGAAAAAUGCAGCGUUCUGCUUUUGUCUAUCAGGUGUCCGCAGCUAAGGUCUUUAUCAUUAAAAGGAAUCAACAUGAUACAGGCGAUACUAAACUGUCCACUACUCCAACAUCUUAACAUAAGAUCUUGCUAUAAGCUCCAAGAUGCUGAUAUACGUUCAGUUGUCACUUCGUGUCCUCAACUAGAGUCGCUCGAUGUUUCUAACUGUUCAUGUGUCAGUAAUGAAACUUUGCGUGAAAUAGCUCAGGCUUGUGCUGGUCUCCGUAUUCUUAAUGCUUCAGACUGCCCCAACAUAUCUUUUGAGUCAGUACAUUUUCCCAUGUUGACAGUUCUCAAGCUUCAUAGAUGUGGGUUUAUAACAUCUGCAACUGUGGCUUGGAUUGCUAACAGUCUAGCGCUCGAGGUUUUGGAGCUUGAUAAUUGCAAGAAGUUGACAUCUGUCACGUUGCAUCUCUCCUGUUUGAAGAGUAUAAGCCUAGUAAAUUUGUGUAACAGAUUCACAGAGCUGAACUUGCAAAGCACCAAGCUUUCAUCAAUCACUAUUUCAAACUGUCCAGCUCUUAACUCAGUCACUAUCACUUCCAACGCCCUUCAAAGAUUAGAUCUCAAGAAACAGGACAAUUUGACAACAUUGGUUCUGCAAUGCCAGUCCUUGCAAGAAGUGGAUCUCUCUGGUUGUAUAUCACUGUCCAACACUGUUUGUGAUCUCGUUGAUGGAUGCCCAAUGCUGAAGUCAUUAGUUCUUGACAACUGUGAGAGCUUAACAGAAGUGCGGUUCUCUAACUCAUCGUUGUCUAGUCUGUCCCUUUUUGGCUGUUGUGAUGUCACUUCUCUUGAGUUGAAUUGCCCUCGCAUAGAGCAGAUCUGUUUGGAUGGAUGUGAUAAUCUUGAAACUGCAUUCUUCAAGCAUGUUGCGCUCCAGUCUCUAAAUCUAGGAAUAUGCUCAAAACUGAGUGUGCUUAGUAUCGAAGCGCCUUAUAUGGUGUCCCUUGAGUUGAAAGGUUGUGGUGUACUGUCUGAAGCAUCCAUCAUUUGUCCCUUAUUAACAUCUUUAGAUGCCUCUUUCUGCAGUCAACUGAAGGAUGACUGUCUUACUGCAAUCACUGCUUCUUGCCCAUUAAUUGAGUCACUGGUGCUUAUGUCAUGCUCUUCUAUUGGCUCUGAUGGCUUUUCUUCCUUGAAAAGACUCCAAAAUUUGACUCUUCUUGAUUUAUCCUACACUUCAGUGAUGAAUCUGGAGCCCAUCUUCAAGUCAUGUAUUCAACUGAAGGUACUCAUAUUACAAGUCUGCAAAGGCCUCACUGACUCAUCAUUGGAGCCUCUAUACAAAGAAGGUGCAUUGCCGGCACUUGAAGAGUUGGACCUGUCUUAUGGAACUCUUAGUCAGACUGUGAUAGAUAAUCUACUUGCGUGCUGCACCCACCUGACCCAUUUGAACUUGAACGGCAUGCAUGACCUUGAAUUUGAUUGGGGUUCAGCCAAUGUAGAAACAAGUAGCAACCGGUUACUACAAAACCUCAGCUGUGUAGGUUGCCACAAUAUCAGGAAAGUGUUGAUGCCACCUGCAGCUCGGUUUGAUCAUUUAUCAUCACUUAGCCUUUCUCAAUCAGUCCAUUUAAAGGAGGUUGAUCUCUCCUGUCCCAACCUGGUCUUACUUAAUCUAAGCAACUGUUGCUCUCUGGAAGUACUGAAACUUUGCUGUCCAAGAUUGGCUAGUCUCUUUCUUCAGUUUUGUAAAAUGGAUGAAGCAGAAGUUGAAGCAGCUAUAUCAGGAUGCAGCUCACUAGAAAUACUAGAUCUCCGUUUCUGUCCUAAGAUACCUUCAGUGAGCAUGGCGAGGUUCCAACCAGUGUGCCCUAGUUUGAAGCGCGUCGUCAGCCGUCCUAAACUUUUGCAAGAGAGGGUUUUUCAUCCAAUGUUUCGUUAUACACAACUUUAUCUGUAG